ACUCUCUGUCCAAUAACCUCUUCACACAAAUACAACUGCUCUCAUGGUAAUGAUGUGGGACUUGUAUGUUCUGGUACAGUAUAAUAUGUGAUAUUAUCGUCUAACAUUUCUUUAUAUAAUAUACAGUAUAGGAGAGAACUUGCUCUUUUACGAGUCUCUUGGUUGUAAAUUCAGGUCACACUCAGGCUCGGCUGAUGAACGGCUCAGAUUCCUGUUCUGGUCGAGUGGAGCUCCAGUACCUCAGUGAGUGGGGUACAGUGUGUGAUGUAAGCUGGGAUAUGAGAGCUGCCAGUGUCCUCUGUGCUCAGCUGAAGUGCUGUGGCUGUGUUGGGGUCAGACUGGUUUGGGGAGGGGAGUGGCCGGAUCUGGGCGGAUGUGUUUGAUUGUCAGGGGAACGAAACACACCUGUUAAAGUGUCCCAUUUCAUCAUGGAGUCGAACUGCAUGCUCUCAUAAACAGGAUGUUGGACUCAUCUGCAGUGGUUCUUCUCUGGCAUCUCAUGAGGGUGUAGUGAGAUUGACUGGAGGGAUGGAGUGUGAGGGGGAGGUAGAGGUUUUCUUCAGGCAGGACUGGAGGAGAGUUCUGCUGGACUCCUGGAGUGAGUCUGAGGCCUCUGUGGUCUGCAGACAGCUGGGCUGUGGUUCUGUACUCAACACCUCCAGCUCCUCUUCAUCCAGUCCUGAACACAGCUACAUGUGUGUGACGGGUUUCAACUGCUCUGGGAGUGAAGCUCAUCUGAGGAACUGCAGCAGCUCACAAGCAGUUAACUGCAGCUCCACAGUACAGCUCUACAUCACCUGCUCUGGCUACAGCUUCAUCAGGCUGGUUGGUUCUGGGGGAGACUGUGCUGGAAGGCUGGAGGUUUUCCACAGUGGAUCAUGGGGGACAGUGAGUGAUGAAUUGUGGGAUAUUGAGGAUGCGCAGGUGGUCUGCAGACAGCUGCAGUGUGGAGUCGCCCUCAGUGCUCCAGUACCAGUACCAGCCCGGUUUGGAUCUGGAACUGGACCCAUUUGGCUGAAUGAGGUGGAGUGUGAGGGGAACGAGGUGUCUCUGUGGAACUGCAGAUAUCAGCUGUGUGGAGAGGAUGAAUGUGGACACAAGGAUGAUGUAGGAGUCGUCUGCUCAGAGUAUAAAGAGAUCAGACUGACUGAGGGCUGUGAGGGGAAUCUGGAGGUGUUCUAUAAUGGAACCUGGGGGAAUGUGUGUAACAAUGGGAUGGAUCUGUCGGGAGUUGAACUGUGGAAGAUUUAAGACUGAGAGAGCUACCAAAGCACGAGUGGAAUCAGCUCCUAACAGGCUGGAUGAUGUAAAAUGUAGGAAACAUGACUCUACUCUGUUUCACUGUCCAUCUUCAUCCUGGAGUCAGAACAGUUGUGAUAGAAGCAGUGAGGUGACUCACAUUACCUGCUCCGGAGAGAAGAAACCGCUUGCAUUUGAAAACCUUCAAAAAUUCUUCUUAUUUCCAAACCAGGAUUACAUGCCUAUUAGGUUGAGAGGAGGAGAGGAAAUCUGUUCUGGGAGGUUGGAGGUGUAUCAUAAUGCUGAGUGGGGGUCUAUAUGUGGUGAUCUGUGGGACAUCAGGGAUGCUCAGGUGGUC